UAGCAACUCGUCAAAACUUCCGACCUAGCGGUCCGUUAUAAAGAGUCGUUCUCUCCUGGCUAUUCCACUGAUGCAGUUCUCAUGCAAAUAAAACAAAGCCAAAACCAUGGGCAAGAUUCUGAAAUACUCUUUGAUUGGACUUAUAGUUAUUAUCAUAGCAUUUAUUCUUAUUAUUGUCGGCGUGGCAACUGAUGGAUGGGUUUUCAGAUCAGGUGUGAACUAUAAAGUUAGCCUUUCAUCAACUACAGGCGAUGCCAAAGGAGAAGCUUCUUAUGCCUUCUGUAUUAUCUCUACUCUUGGGGCGGCCACAGCGUUGACUUGUGUUGCUCUGGACGUUGUGCUACAGUUUAUGGAGAAAAGGAGCGAGUCUUUCGCCAAAGUUCUGCCUCUGGUGACUCUUAUUGCAUCGAUCGUUGGGGGCAUCUUCGGCCUUAUCGGGGCGUUUCUUAACCUCGGAACAUUUGUAGCAGCCAGCUUUGUGACUGACUACAUUCCAGGCUAUUCUUUCUUCCUGACCGUCAUUGGUUCUAUCAUCCUGCUUGUUGGCGGUGGACUAGCACAUAGGACAAAGUCCGGAGGAAAUGUGGAAGGAAUCUAAUAGACAGAAUUUAUGUAUUAUCGCUAGUUAUGGUUUUGUAAAUAUGAAUAACGAAACCAAAAAAAAAACGACGGACCUGGACAUGUUUAACAUGUACACUUGCAAAAUAAAGAUGAAUCGCAAAAUAAUAACAAUUGUAAAAUAAUGUAAACAUACAGUGGCGUAACUAGUAUAUUGCCAUCAUUUCAAGGACCGGGGGGGGGGGCUUGAAUUCUUUAGGGACCCCUGCAUUUUGCGUGAUAUUUAAUAUUUAAUGUAAAAAAAACCCACUCAUUUGGAGGCCCCCAUCAAGUGUCGUCCGGGGGAAUUUUCAAAUUCUACACCUCCCUCCACCCAUCCUAGCUACGCCUCUGUAAACAUAUUAAUUUUUCCCAAACUCUUUUUCGUUAUAAGAGAAGAGAGCAUUAAGGGGAAAUAAUUCUGUCAUUACAUGGUUGUCAUUAUUUAUUUUCCUAUUAAUUACUCUAACAAGAAUUCUCAUUUAUUAUGCCAGUGAGAAUUAUCUGUUAUUCUUUGCAUUUGAGUUUUUAAAAUCCAGUUUAUAUUCUUUAGGCCACCCCCUUUUAGAUUUUUUAUAAUGUUGAGUACCACUCGCCCCCUCCGCCCCCACACACCUUAAUUUAUUAACAGAACAUAAUAAAUGGGCAUUUAAAAAGAUCAGCAUAGUUAAUGAGGUGAAACGCGCACCAAACAUCGAUUCUGCCCAUUUUUUUU